AACUAUAUAAAGAGACUCUUCUUCUUAAACAAUUAGUUACACUUAUGUUGUGGUUGUUAUAGUGGUUUAGGAAAAACAACCAAUAUGAAAUUGGUUUUUACUUCAUUUGUAAUAGGAAUAUGUUCGGCAGCUAGAUUAGAAAAUACAUAUCUGCCCCCCAAUGGAGGCAGGGGGGCAGGCGGUGGUCCUGGACUAACAGCACCUAGACCAAGUGGAAACGGUGGAAAUGGCGGCCCCAAGCCAGUCUACGGCGCCCCGAACGGUGGCGGCGGCGGUGGCGGCGGUGGAGGCGGCGAACCAAUUCCCAUCAUAUCCUACGAGAACGUGAACAACGGAGACGGCAGCUACAAGUUCAGUUACGAAACCGGCAAUGGCAUCAAAGUCGAGGAAGAAGGAGAGCUGAAGAACGCUGGUAGUGAGAACGAAGCGCAAUCUGCAGUCGGAUCGUUCUCUUACACAGCCCCAGAUGGACAAGAGAUCAAAAUUGAGUACACGGCUGACGAGAACGGGUUUGUUCCCAAAGGGGCUCAUUUGCCGACGCCGCCCCCGAUUCCGGAGGAGAUUUUGAAAUCGCUGGAGCAAAACGCGGCCGAGGAAGCGGCCGGAGGCGGCGGCGGCGGGUAUGAGAACGGGGGGGCGCCUGCAGGAGGUGGCAAUGGAGGGUAUCCUCGGGGGCCGGGCGGAAAUGGGGGCGGGAAUGGCGGCGGUGGGAAUGGGUAUAGGUACUAGGGUUGUAUCAUUCAUUGAUUCUUCAUAACCAUUUAUUUAUUUUGUCAUAAACAAUGUUGAACUCGUUGUAGAUUUGUUAUUUGUAAUGGAGGUGAGUAACAAAUUUUCAACUGCUAAAUGUUGGCUGUAAUGUAUUGUUGACGACUGCUAUGAACUGGAUAUUGAAUAUUUAAGAUGUGAUUAUAACUGCCUUACCCUCUGUCUCAUUGUAUCCCUGACGUGGGAAUUAUUUAUAAUACUUUAAUGUUACGUGAAGAAGUAUAAAUGCAAUACAUACGAACAUGAAUAUAUUGAUAAAAAUACCAGUGGCUUUUUUUUCAUAUACCUACCAAUAUUUUACAAGAAAUAAAACAUUUUACAAUACAAUUCUC